AUGAAAGAAAAAUAUGACGAUGGAGAUGAGGAAAUUAUAAAAGAAAGUAGAUUAAAAAUAAAUAAAAAACAUCACCAUCGUGAGCAUAAGCAUGAAAAAAAAAAGGAAAAGGAAAGAAAAAAGUACAGUAAUAAAUAUGAUAAAUAUAAAAGUGAUAAAUAUAAUAAAUACAAUAAGAAUGAUAAAAAUGAUGACUAUAAAAAAUUCUAUAAAUAUGACAAAUAUAAUUAUCUUGAUGAUUCUUCCAAAAAAAAGCUUUUGCACAACGAUGAAAAAAAAAACCGACAUGGAAGAAAAAGAGAUAAAGAAAAAAAAUAUCGAGAUAAUUCAAGUUCAAUAGAAAAAAAUGAUAAUAUAAAAACGAAACCAGAAUUUUCAUAUAAUUCAUUUGAUUAUUUUAAUAAACACAUUUCUGAAAAUAAGAUUUCAUCAAAUUAUAUUAAUGAAGAGAAAUUAAAAUAUGAAAAACAAGUAUUUCAAAAAGCAUAUGGCUUAUCUUUAGACGAUGAUAUAUGUUAUGAUAAUUUUCUAUUUGAAAAAGGUGAAGAAAAUAAUAAAAAUCUAAAAAAAAAUACAAAAAAAUGUAACGAACAGAAUAAUAAUAAAUAUUAUGAAUGUUAUAGCUGUAAAACACAAAAUCUGUUUUCAAAUGUUCAGUGUUACAAAUGUAAAAAAUUGAGAAAACUGUAG